CUUUUGAAUAAGAUAGUUAUGCUCAGGACUGUGCCGUGCGGCUUGGGCUGUGCUGUACGGUGUCCGUGUGUUGUGGGUUGCUCGGGUGGUUCGUACGCCGUGCAUGGAGAAGGUAACCGUGCGUGGUGUCUAGACGUGUGAAGAGGUGGCCCUGCGAGGCGGCGCGAAGCGGUGAGCCGUGCGUGAGUUGUAGGAAGAAGAAGAAGGCUGUUUGGCUGCAAGGGUUGUGUGUCCAGCCUGAGAAGCCCGGCCCAUUGGGCCCAAGUAUUCCUCUUCAGUUAGCCCUAAUAUACCUUGACCGAAGCAGCCAAGCAGGAGUAACACCCUGAUCACUGACUCGAGCUUGCUCUACCAUUGAAGCCCCAGCUUUCAAACGAAACAAGGUGUGCAUUUGCUGUUGACAAACAUGGGUGAGCUCCUUUUUGAUGAUAUUUUUAGGGUGGAACGUGUGAAUCCAGAUGGUAAAAAGUUUGAUAAAGUUACUCGAAUUGAAGCACGAAGUGAGAAGUGUGGCAUGUUUAUGCAACUAGAUGUGAAUACGGAAAUUUAUCCUAUUGAUAAAGAAGAGAGAUUCUUGAUGGCAUUAUCUACCACUCUAAGUUUGGAGGGUGGGCGGCAGUCACUUGCUGACAAGUUUGAAUACAUCAUGCAUGGGAAACUAUAUAAGAUUUUAGAUGAAACUCAGGCUAAAACUUCAGAUGGAGGUUCGGGAUCUGGGGUCAAAGUGGAGAUAUAUGUUUCGUUUGGUGGACUUCAGAUGAUGCUGAAAGGGGAUCCUUCCCAUUGUGCUGGAUUUGAGCUUGAACAGCGGUUGUUUCUCCUUAUGAGGAAGUUGACAUGAAAAAUUGAAAUGCCAUGCUAUAACAAAAUGCAGUCUGUUUAACUUAUUUGAUUGUAAAAGCCCGCUUAUCUCCAGACUUCCAGUUGGGCAUGUUACUCUUGUUUUAACUGGUGGUUUGGUUGUUCAUACACCAAAUUUAUGGUGAAAUUUGGCUUU